CAUUCGGAUGGACACAGACAUCAACUGAAACAAGGUACGCCUUGUGACUUGUUUCAGGACAGAGUCAGCAUCUACAAGUAAGACUCAAUUUUACCCUUCAUCAUGACAGAAGGAAAGUGUUGCAACAGAUUCGGCGAAGUUAAUAUCUUCGUGUACUUCCUUGUUGCCCUGUUUGGUAUUGCAUCAUGGUUAGCCGUGAAUGGAUUAUGGGUAGAGCUUCCUGUUAUGGUUCCUCAUUUACCCGAGGGCUGGAAACUUCCGUCGUAUCUAACAGUGAUAACCCAACUAGCAAACAUAGGACCCAUUCUCGUGACAAUUUGGUAUGUGUGCUGCAAAUCAACUGUCCCAGAGAAGACUUUGGUGUAUGUAAUAUUAGUUGUAGGGGCAGCCUCGUGCCUUCUCCUGGUGUUCUUCUGGAAGAAUACCUCUUAUAUAGCAGGGACGAAUCACAGUUUGGCUUUGCUGGUCCUGCAGUUUUUUCUUGCCAGUGUUGAUUGCAUGUCUUCUGUCCUGUUUCUUCCCUUCAUGUCGACGUUUAAAGCUCAGUAUAUGUCCGGUCUGUAUAUUGGAGAGGGUCUCAGUGGAUUGAUACCAAGUCUAGUAGCAUUGGGACAAGGGGUCGGCAAAAUGACGUGUCAGAACAUCUCAGUUAUAUAUACAACUACAAAUAUAUCUCACAAUGAAAUUCUACCAGUAUACCAAGAUCCUUCUUUCCCGGUGGAACAUUUCUUUUACUUCCUUUUCGCGAUGCUGGUGAUGAGUGGGACUGCGUUCACACUGCUGAAUUAUCUACCGUACUGUAAAAGGGAACAUGUUACAGCUAAAGAGCCUGUCGAAGACGACGACACCUUCACAGAGAGCUAUACUUUAAACAAUGAUUUUUCCCGUAAUUACACGACAUUUUCUGACACUCUUUACAAUCCAUCUGCGGUGGAAAGUUCUAGUCAAACGCUGUUGAUCAACAAAGGGAAACCCCGUACUCUCGAUAUUUUUUCUGAUAGUUUCCACCCAACAGUUCCUUACCAAAGGAAAAUUGAACCGAAGACAUAUGUGUUCCUCCUCAUCAUGAUCGGUUGGAUCAACGCUCUAGGUAACGGUGUUCUCCCCUCAAUACAAACAUACUCGUGUCUUCCGUAUGGCAGUAAUGCAUAUCAUCUUUCUGCUACUCUGUCCAGCAUUGCAAACCCUGUCGCCUGUCUGGUUGUUUUCCUACUUCCGGUGUCGUCAACCCUUGUAAUCGGUAGUAUCGUUCUACUCGGUUCUUGUUUGGCAGCCUUCAUUAUGCUCACGGCGGUACAGAGCCCUACCCCAGUCUUGUAUGACAGUGCGGCAGGACCGGGACUCAUGGUGACCACAUGGAUUUUAUUGGUUUUAUCAAUGACCUACUCAAAGGUAUCCAUAGCAACGCUCUUCAGAAGCGAAGGCAGAAAAGCUUUGUUUUGGUGCGGAGUAGUGACUCAGAUUGGAUCUACUUUCGGAGCCGUAGUUACGUACAUACUGGUAAAUGAAACUGACAUAUUCCAAAGUGCUCCUGAUUGUCCUUGACGUUGUCACCUUUUAGAAGAGGCUUCGAGGUCAUCACGUAAAAAUGAUUGAAUUAUGCUGUGUUUAAUUCAUUUCUUAAAAUUCAAAGUUGAUGUAGUAGUACUUACUUGAUAAAUAUAAAAUCUUUUCAUUUCAAGUGA